AUGGGUUUAGAUUUCUUGGAACAUGGAGCUGACUUCGAAGCUGCGAUUUCCGCUACUGGUUUCGGACGUUUCCACUUCUGCCUUCUGGCCAUUACGGGCCUGAUCUAUGCCAAUACCGCUAUCGGUAUCACUAUUGUGUCCUUCGUGCUGCCCGCAGCAACAUGCGACUUCCGAAUGACGUCUUCUGAUAAAGGAUGGCUUACUGCAGCUCCUAUGUUAGGAAUGGUUAUCGGCUCAUAUUUCUGGGGCUGCCUCGCUGAUACCAAAGGCCGUAAAUUGGUGCUGGUGUCGACACUGCUGAUCGAUGGCUUCGUUGGCAUCACUUCCUCAUUCGUCCAGAUUCUACCUGUCUUCAUGGCAUGUAGAUUUAUCAACGGUUUCUCAAUUGCCGGCGCUAUGGGUAUAUGCUUCCCAUACUUGGGAGAAUUCCAGCAAACCAAAUACAGAGAGAAAAUCCUCUGCUGGAUGGAAAUGUUCUGGACUCUGGGUGUCAUCUUACUUCCACUGAUCGCGUGGGGCAUCAUCCCGAUCCAAGGGAUCCGCAUUGAGAACGGCAGCUUCUCGUACGACUCGUGGAAUUGGUUCGUCUCCGCGUGCGCGGUGCCGUCGCUCUUGCUGGGCUUCUGGCUCAUGACCUUCCCCGAGAGCCCCAAGUUCAUGAUGGAGUGCGGCGACUACGACGACGCGCUCGCCUGCCUCAAGAGCAUCUACAGGCAGAACACCGGCGACGAUCCCGACAACUACCCGAUCAAGAGCCUCAAGGAGAAAGUGCGAACAAUUUCGGUGGCGUCGCAAAACUCACAAAAAUCUGUGCGAAGUCUCAGCAUACGCAAGCCUAAAGACCUCAAGAGGUUAUUCAGCGAGAUCUGGGUCCAAACCAAAGCUUUAUGUCGACCACCCUACCUCAAGUACACGAUCCUUACCUGCCUUAUUCAGUUCGGCUUAACUACGAGCUAUUACACCCUCAUGAUCUGGUUCCCCGAGCUGUUCAACCGUUACGAGGAGUUCGAGCACCGCUUCCCCAACACCUCGGCGUCUGUGUGCGACGUGUCCGGCAUCGUGGUGAGCGACGAGGCUGUCGCCGACCCGUUCGACUGCGAGAAGAUCAUCGACCAGAGCGUAUACAUGCACACGUUGAUCGUCGGCCUCGCCUGCAUCCCCACCUCGCUGUGGCUGCCACUUUGCGUGCACAAGCUCGGCGCUAAAUUCUUCUUGAUCUUCAGUUUGGGAGUUGCCGCUUUGGUGACAUUCGGGCUGUACUUCGUGCAAAACUCCACCCAGAAUCUGGUGCUCUCCUGCAUCUUCGAAGCCCUCACCUCGCUGGCCAUUAGUCUUGUGUUCUGCGUACUCGUCGAUCUGUUCCCUACUAACCUUCGGGUGAUGGCGGCAGCAUUGUCUCUGACCGCGGGUCGAGGUGGUGGCCUCAUUGGAAACCUGUCCUUCGGCUACCUCAUCGACAUCAACUGCAUAGUACCUAUAGUCGUCUUCUCAGCAUUCUUACUCAUUGCUGCUAUACUUUGCUUCUUCUUGCCAAAGACAGGCCAAGAAGCCCUGGAU